AUUAAAUUUAAAAGAACUUCAUUUAGUAUUUCAUAUAAUUUUGUUCCGAAAAAGUUAAACUUAAUGUCUAAUUUGUUAUAGGUCUCAAGAGAAUUCCAUCCUAAUUUUUCUGCCAAGUGGAGGCGAUACAUGUACAUUUUUCCUUUAGAGCAAGUGCAGGGCUGGCAACAUAUAGAGGAUGUUGCAGAUAAAUAUUGCUCUGAUUCUAAUCAACUGAAUCAAUGUACUGAAAAUCUCAUUGAAGGAAACAAUGCAUAUGCAGUUGGUAAUUCCAAGGAGGACGUGGUUCCUGGCAACAAACCUAUUAGGUUUGAAGUAAGCAAGGUUAACCACUUACUGCGCCAACUAGAAGGAAAGCUUUUGUCGUACAAAAUGUUUGCACGAGAUACGAAACCUUCAAGGAACAUUGGCCCACCUACAGAGUGCUUUGUCUACCAUGCCCGAGCUAUUGAGGUCUCAUUACCAAGUGCAAAGGAUGGGAAGCAUACACAGACGAUGUGCAUUGAGUUGGUUGCCAAUCGCUUUUUACGCAAGAUGGUUAGGGUCCUGGUGUCAACGGUGAUAAGGGAAGCAGUUGCUGGCGCAGAUGAGGAUGCAUUACUGAAGCUGAUGGAUGCCACUUGCAGGCGUGCCACUGCUCCACCGGCACCACCAGAUGGCCUUUGCCUUGUAAACGUCGGUUAUGAGGAGUUCGACCCCAAAAGAUGUCUAAUCCCCUGAUGAUGAGAUCAGGGUAACACUGGCUACAGAGCACUUCUGCCCGUAUUGCAACACUUCUCUUUUAACAUUUCCAACUUUUUGAUCAUUUCUCUUUGUUCAUCAUUGAGACGUUUGUUAGUGUUACUAGGCACAGCACACUAUAAUGCACAUUGUGCCGUAGUGGCUUGAAUAUUGCCCACGCCGGCUCCCCAUCUAAGUUAGCGUUUGCUUUUGAUUGAUU